UCCCUUUUUACUCAAAACAGAAAAAAAAAAUAAAAAAAAAUUCAAAGGUUUUUCUGAAAAUGGCUUCAAGAAUUGCUCUUCAACAGCAAAAUAAAGGUGAGGUAGCAGUACCUGGUGCAGUAAAGCAGAAAAAGAAUAUGGCAGUAGAAGGGAGAAACCGAAAGGCGCUUGGCGAUAUAGGGAAUCUUGCUACUGGUCGUGGGGUCGAAGGAAAGCCGCUUCCUCAGGUAUCUCGCCCGUUAACAAGGAGCUUUUGUGCACAAUUGUUGGCUAGUAGUAAUGCACAGGCAGCAGCUGAAACUCACAAGAAAUCUAUGGCUGUUAAUGUAAAAGGAGCAAAUGUUACUAAAGUACCUGCAGUAAAGAAACCAGCUCAGAAGAAAGCCACAGUUAAGCCAAACCCUGAGGAUAUUAUUGUAAUUAGUCCUGACACUCAUGAAAGACUAAUGGACAAAAAGAUGCAAAGGAAGAAAAAGGCUGCUGAAGACCCAGCAAAGAAGAAAUCAACUCUUACUUCAACUCUCACUGCUCGAAGCAAGGCUGCAUGUGGUCUGAGCAAGAAACCAAAGGACCAGAUUGUGGACAUUGAUGCUGCAGAUUUGAACAAUGAAUUGGCAGUUCUUGAAUAUGUUGAAGACAUUUACAGUUUCUACAAACUAGCUGAGAAUGAGACCAGAGUUCAUGACUACAUUGACUCACAGCCUGAGUUAAGCGAAAAGAUGAGAGCAAUUCUGAUUGAUUGGCUGAUUGAAGUCCACCACAAAUUUGAACUUAAUCCAGAGACUCUUUACCUCACAAUCAACAUUGUUGAUCGCUACCUUGCCGUGGAAACUACAUCAAGAAGGGAACUGCAGUUGGUUGGCAUUAGUGCUAUGCUUAUUGCCUCCAAAUAUGAAGAAAUUUGGGCUCCUGAGGUCAAUGACUUUGUGGGCAUAUCAGACAAAACUUUCACUCAUGAACAGGUGUUAACUAUGGAAAAACAAAUUCUUGGAGGUCUGGAAUGGUACUUAACAGUGCCAACACCUUAUGUGUUCCUCGCACGUUUCAUUAAAGCUUCAAUACCGGAUUCAGAAAUGGAGAGCAUGGUAUAUUUUCUGGCUGAGCUGGGGUUGAUGAAUUAUGCAACUAUUAUGUACUGCUCGUCGAUGAUUGCUGCCUCAGCGGUCUAUGCUGCUCGACACACCCUCAAUAGGACACCAUUUUGGAAUGGGACACUUAAGCUGCACACUGGUUUUUCGGAGUCACAGAUAAUAGAGUGUGCGAAGCUGUUAGUUAGCUAUCAUUCUGAGGCUGCAAAUCACAAGCUAAAGGUGAUUUACAAGAAGUACUCAAGUUCUGAGAGAGGUGCUGUUGCAUUAUUAUCUCCAGCCAAGUCCCUUUUGGCUGCUCAUGCUAGCUAAAGCUGACCAAACUACAAGAAAGAGCAGUACUAGGAAGAUGACUUAGUUUUUGUUUGAUCAAUCAAGAAUCCCCCUUUGACCCCCUUUUAUUUGGUUUCUAUAAAUAGUGCUACUUGAGCUCCAAGUAGCCAUUAGGAAGUUUGAAACUUAAAUUCUUGAUUGUUGAUUCUUAUUCUUUUUGCUAUGUUGUGAAUUGUUGUGGAUGAUGUAUCUUCAGUUUAUUCUAAUGUUUUCUUUGCUUUUUUA